AUGCUUGUGAGUGAAUGUCGUGCCUAUUUCGACCAGUUUGAGGACGAUGCACCUGUUGUAGGGAAUGAGGCGACUGACGAGGUGGUGACGGUGGAGGAAAGGGUCGAAGAUGCGGAGACGGACCAAGACGGCAGAGUUGGGAGGGCCGAGGCGAUGACGGUGGCGUCGAUGCAGAGAAGUGCGCGCGAGGACGACAGGCGGGGAGACGGUGCCGCGGCAGUAGAAGAAGUGGCACCAACGGUUGCGGAAGAAGACGAGGAGGGUGUAGAAGAUCCGCAGCAACCGGGAGAGGCGGGUGUAGAAGAUCCGCGGCAACCUGGAGAGGCGGGUGUAGAAGAUCCGCUGCAACCGAGUGACACCCGUGAUGCUAUGGAGCGUGUGGGACGCGUCACGACAUGUGCAGACGUGGGAGUGGGAGGAGUGGGUCUCGCCUGCAAUCUUCGGCAGCGGACAGAGAAGGACGUGGGUUUCUUGAAAAGUUGCGCAUCAAGGGUAAAGCGGAAGGCGGCCAAAGAGGCACAGAGAGUGGACGUCGACGAGCUAGAGGCGACCGAAAAGGCGCAAAAGGAGGUAGAUGAUGAUAUGCAUAAGAAGAGGGCGGUAGAAUUUCGGGAAGGUGGGAUGGCGGAGGCGAGGAUGCUUGCGAAUGCACAAGCGCCAAAGACAGCGGAGGCGGAUGCGCUGCAAAAGGCGGACGCAGAGGCACGGAGAAUCGUGACUGUGGAUAAGCAGAGGAAGAAUGAUGCAGAAGCACAGAAGGCCGCGGAUGCAGGGGCACAGAAUAAGACGGCGGAGGAGACGCAGAAGCUCGCAGAAGCAGGAGCACCGAAGAUAGCAGAUGCGCAGGUGCAGCAAAAGGCAGAUGCUGAGACGCAGACGACAGCAGAUGCAGAGGCCCAUAGGACCGAAGAGGUCGACUGGCAGACGAUUGCAGUUGCAGAGGAGCAGAAGCUUGCGGAGGAGGAGGAGGAGGCGCAGGGGAAGGGGGCCGCGGAGGCGCCGCAGGCUGCGGAGGAGGAGGAGGAGGCGCAGGGGAAGGGGGCCGCGGAGGCGCCGAAGGCUGCGGAGGAGGAGGAGGAGGCGCAGGGGAAGGGGGCCGCGGAGGCGCCGAAGGCUGCGGAGGAGGAGGAGGAGGCGCAGGGGAAGGGGGCCGCGGAGGCGCCGAAGGCUGCGGAGGAGGAGGAGGAGGCGCAGGGGAAGGGGGCCGCGGAGGCGCCGAAGGCUGCGGAGGAGGAGGAGGAGGCGCAGGGGAAGGGGGCCGCGGAGGCGCCGAAGGCUGCGGAGGAGGAGGAGGAGGCGCAGGGGAAGGGGGCCGCGGAGGCGCCGAAGGCUGCGGAGGAGGAGGAGGAGGCGCAGGGGAAGGGGGCCGCGGAGGCGCCGAAGGCUGCGGAGGAGGAGGAGGAGGCGCAGGGGAAGGGGGCCGCGGAGGCGCCGAAGGCUGCGGAGGAGGAGGAGGAGGCGCAGGGGAAGGGGGCCGCGGAGGCGCCGAAGGCUGCGGAGGAGGAGGAGGAGGCGCAGGGGAAGGGGGCCGCGGAGGCGCCGAAGGCUGCGGAGGAGGAGGAGGAGGCGCAGGGGAAGGGGGCCGCGGAGGCGCCGAAGGCUGCGGAGGAGGAGGAGGAGGCGCAGGGGAAGGGGGCCGCGGAGGCGCCGAAGGCUGCGGAGGAGGAGGAGGAGGCGCAGGGGAAGGGGGCCGCGGAGGCGCCGAAGGCUGCGGAGGAGGAGGAGGAGGCGCAGGGGAAGGGGGCCGCGGAGGCGCCGAAGGCUGCGGAGGAGGAGGAGGAGGCGCAGGGGAAGGGGGCCGCGGAGGCGCCGAAGGCUGCGGAGGAGGAGGAGGAGGCGCAGGGGAAGGGGGCCGCGGAGGCGCCGAAGGCUGCGGAGGAGGAGGAGGAGGCGCAGGGGAAGGGGGCCGCGGAGGCGCCGAAGGCUGCGGAGGAGGAGGAGGAGGCGCAGGGGAAGGGGGCCGCGGAGGCGCCGAAGGCUGCGGAGGAGGAGGAGGAGGCGCAGGGGAAGGGGGCCGCGGAGGCGCCGAAGGCUGCGGAGGAGGAGGAGGAGGCGCAGGGGAAGGGGGCCGCGGAGGCGCCGAAGGCUGCGGAGGAGGAGGAGGAGGCGCAGGGGAAGGGGGCCGCGGAGGCGCCGAAGGCUGCGGAGGAGGAGGAGGAGGCGCAGGGGAAGGGGGCCGCGGAGGCGCCGAAGGCUGCGGAGGAGGAGGAGGAGGCGCAGGGGAAGGGGGCCGCGGAGGCGCCGAAGGCUGCGGAGGAGGAGGAGGAGGCGCAGGGGAAGGGGGCCGCGGAGGCGCCGAAGGCUGCGGAGGAGGAGGAGGAGGCGCAGGGGAAGGGGGCCGCGGAGGCGCCGAAGGCUGCGGAGGAGGAGGAGGAGGCGCAGGGGAAGGGGGCCGCGGAGGCGCCGAAGGCUGCGGAGGAGGAGGAGGAGGCGCAGGGGAAGGGGGCCGCGGAGGCGCCGAAGGCUGCGGAGGAGGAGGAGGAGGCGCAGGGGAAGGGGGCCGCGGAGGCGCCGAAGGCUGCGGAGGAGGAGGAGGAGGCGCAGGGGAAGGGGGCCGCGGAGGCGCCGAAGGCUGCGGAGGAGGAGGAGGAGGCGCAGGGGAAGGGGGCCGCGGAGGCGCCGAAGGCUGCGGAGGAGGAGGAGGAGGCGCAGGGGAAGGGGGCCGCGGAGGCGCCGAAGGCUGCGGAGGAGGAGGAGGAGGCGCAGGGGAAGGGGGCCGCGGAGGCGCCGAAGGCUGCGGAGGAGGAGGAGGAGGCGCAGGGGAGGGGGCCGCGGAGGCGCCGAAGGCUGCGGAGGAGGAGGAGGAGGCGCAGGGGAAGGGGGCCCGCGGAGGCGCCGAAGGCUGCGGAGGAGGAGGAGGAGGCGCAGGGGAAGGGGGCCGCGGAGGCGCCGAAGGCUGCGGAGGAGGAGGAGGAGGCGCAGGGGAAGGGGGCCGCGGAGGCGCCGAAGGCUGCGGAGGAGGAGGAGGAGGCGCAGGGGAAGGGGGCCGCGGAGGCGCCGAAGGCUGCGGAGGAGGAGGAGGAGGCGCAGGGGAAGGGGGCCGCGGAGGCGCCGAAGGCUGCGGAGGAGGAGGAGGAGGCGCAGGGGGAAGGGGGCCGCGGAGGCGCCGAAGGCUGCGGAGGAGGAGGAGGAGGCGCAGGGGAAGGGGGCCGCGGAGGCGCCGAAGGCUGCGGAGGAGGAGGAGGAGGCGCAGGGGAAGGGGGCCGCGGAGGCGCCGAAGGCUGCGGAGGAGGAGGAGGAGGCGCAGGGGAAGGGGGCCGCGGAGGCGCCGAAGGCUGCGGAGGAGGAGGAGGAGGCGCAGGGGAAGGGGGCCGCGGAGGCGCCGAAGGCUGCGGAGGAGGAGGAGGAGGCGCAGGGGAAGGGGGCCGCGGAGGCGCCGAAGGCUGCGGAGGAGGAGGAGGAGGCGCAGGGGAAGGGGGCCGCGGAGGCGCCGAAGGCUGCGGAGGAGGAGGAGGAGGCGCAGGGGAAGGGGGCCGCGGAGGCGCCGAAGGCUGCGGAGGAGGAGGAGGAGGCGCAGGGGAAGGGGGCCGCGGAGGCGCCGAAGGCUGCGGAGGAGGAGGAGGAGGCGCAGGGGAAGGGGGCCGCGGAGGCGCCGAAGGCUGCGGAGGAGGAGGAGGAGGCGCAGGGGAAGGGGGCCGCGGAGGCGCCGAAGGCUGCGGAGGAGGAGGAGGAGGCGCAGGGGAAGGGGGCCGCGGAGGCGCCGAAGGCUGCGGAGGAGGAGGAGGAGGCGCAGGGGAAGGGGGCCGCGGAGGCGCCGAAGGCUGCGGAGGAGGAGGAGGAGGCGCAGGGGAAGGGGGCCGCGGAGGCGCCGAAGGCUGCGGAGGAGGAGGAGGAGGCGCAGGGGAAGGGGGCCGCGGAGGCGCCGAAGGCUGCGGAGGAGGAGGAGGAGGCGCAGGGGAAGGGGGCCGCGGAGGCGCCGAAGGCUGCGGAGGAGGAGGAGGAGGCGCAGGGGAAGGGGGCCGCGGAGGCGCCGAAGGCUGCGGAGGAGGAGGAGGAGGCGCAGGGGAAGGGGGCCGCGGAGGCGCCGAAGGCUGCGGAGGAGGAGGAGGAGGCGCAGGGGAAGGGGGCCGCGGAGGCGCCGAAGGCUGCGGAGGAGGAGGAGGAGGCGCAGGGGAAGGGGGCCGCGGAGGCGCCGAAGGCUGCGGAGGAGGAGGAGGAGGCGCAGGGGAAGGGGGCCGCGGAGGCGCCGAAGGCUGCGGAGGAGGAGGAGGAGGCGCAGGGGAAGGGGGCCGCGGAGGCGCCGAAGGCUGCGGAGGAGGAGGAGGAGGCGCAGGGGAAGGGGGCCGCGGAGGCGCCGAAGGCUGCGGAGGAGGAGGAGGAGGCGCAGGGGAAGGGGGCCGCGGAGGCGCCGAAGGCUGCGGAGGAGGAGGAGGAGGCGCAGGGGAAGGGGGCCGCGGAGGCGCCGAAGGCUGCGGAGGAGGAGGAGGAGGCGCAGGGGAAGGGGGCCGCGGAGGCGCCGAAGGCUGCGGAGGAGGAGGAGGAGGCGCAGGGGAAGGGGGCCGCGGAGGCGCCGAAGGCUGCGGAGGAGGAGGAGGAGGCGCAGGGGAAGGGGGCCGCGGAGGCGCCGAAGGCUGCGGAGGAGGAGGAGGAGGCGCAGGGGAAGGGGGCCGCGGAGGCGCCGAAGGCUGCGGAGGAGGAGGAGGAGGCGCAGGGGAAGGGGGCCGCGGAGGCGCCGAAGGCUGCGGAGGAGGAGGAGGAGGCGCAGGGGAAGGGGGCCGCGGAGGCGCCGAAGGCUGCGGAGGAGGAGGAGGAGGCGCAGGGGAAGGGGGCCGCGGAGGCGCCGAAGGCUGCGGAGGAGGAGGAGGAGGCGCAGGGGAAGGGGGCCGCGGAGGCGCCGAAGGCUGCGGAGGAGGAGGAGGAGGCGCAGGGGAAGGGGGCCGCGGAGGCGCCGAAGGCUGCGGAGGAGGAGGAGGAGGCGCAGGGGAAGGGGGCCGCGGAGGCGCCGAAGGCUGCGGAGGAGGAGGAGGAGGCGCAGGGGAAGGGGGCCGCGGAGGCGCCGAAGGCUGCGGAGGAGGAGGAGGAGGCGCAGGGGAAGGGGGCCGCGGAGGCGCCGAAGGCUGCGGAGGAGGAGGAGGAGGCGCAGGGGAAGGGGGCCGCGGAGGCGCCGAAGGCUGCGGAGGAGGAGGAGGAGGCGCAGGGGAAGGGGGCCGCGGAGGCGCCGAAGGCUGCGGAGGAGGAGGAGGAGGCGCAGGGGAAGGGGGCCGCGGAGGCGCCGAAGGCUGCGGAGGAGGAGGAGGAGGCGCAGGGGAAGGGGGCCGCGGAGGCGCCGAAGGCUGCGGAGGAGGAGGAGGAGGCGCAGGGGAAGGGGGCCGCGGAGGCGCCGAAGGCUGCGGAGGAGGAGGAGGAGGCGCAGGGGAAGGGGGCCGCGGAGGCGCCGAAGGCUGCGGAGGAGGAGGAGGAGGCGCAGGGGAAGGGGGCCGCGGAGGCGCCGAAGGCUGCGGAGGAGGAGGAGGAGGCGCAGGGGAAGGGGGCCGCGGAGGCGCCGAAGGCUGCGGAGGAGGAGGAGGAGGCGCAGGGGAAGGGGGCCGCGGAGGCGCCGAAGGCUGCGGAGGAGGAGGAGGAGGCGCAGGGGAAGGGGGCCGCGGAGGCGCCGAAGGCUGCGGAGGAGGAGGAGGAGGCGCAGGGGAAGGGGGCCGCGGAGGCGCCGAAGGCUGCGGAGGAGGAGGAGGAGGCGCAGGGGAAGGGGGCCGCGGAGGCGCCGAAGGCUGCGGAGGAGGAGGAGGAGGCGCAGGGGAAGGGGGCCGCGGAGGCGCCGAAGGCUGCGGAGGAGGAGGAGGAGGCGCAGGGGAAGGGGGCCGCGGAGGCGCCGAAGGCUGCGGAGGAGGAGGAGGAGGCGCAGGGGAAGGGGGCCGCGGAGGCGCCGAAGGCUGCGGAGGAGGAGGAGGAGGCGCAGGGGAAGGGGGCCGCGGAGGCGCCGAAGGCUGCGGAGGAGGAGGAGGAGGCGCAGGGGAAGGGGGCCGCGGAGGCGCCGAAGGCUGCGGAGGAGGAGGAGGAGGCGCAGGGGAAGGGGGCCGCGGAGGCGCCGAAGGCUGCGGAGGAGGAGGAGGAGGCGCAGGGGAAGGGGGCCGCGGAGGCGCCGAAGGCUGCGGAGGAGGAGGAGGAGGCGCAGGGGAAGGGGGCCGCGGAGGCGCCGAAGGCUGCGGAGGAGGAGGAGGAGGCGCAGGGGAAGGGGGCCGCGGAGGCGCCGAAGGCUGCGGAGGAGGAGGAGGAGGCGCAGGGGAAGGGGGCCGCGGAGGCGCCGAAGGCUGCGGAGGAGGAGGAGGAGGCGCAGGGGAAGGGGGGCCGCGGAGGCGCCGAAGGCUGCGGAGGAGGAGGAGGAGGCGCAGGGGAAGGGGGCCGCGGAGGCGCCGAAGGCUGCGGAGGAGGAGGAGGAGGCGCAGGGGAAGGGGGCCGCGGAGGCGCCGAAGGCUGCGGGAGGAGGAGGAGGAGGCGCAGGGGAAGGGGGCCGCGGAGGCGCCGAAGGCUGCGGAGGAGGAGGAGGAGGCGCAGGGGAAGGGGGCCGCGGAGGCGCCGAAGGCUGCGGAGGAGGAGGAGGAGGCGCAGGGGAAGGGGGCCGCGGAGGCGCCGAAGGCUGCGGAGGAGGAGGAGGAGGCGCAGGGGAAGGGGGCCGCGGAGGCGCCGAAGGCUGCGGAGGAGGAGGAGGAGGCGCAGGGGAAGGGGGCCGCGGAGGCGCCGAAGGCUGCGGAGGAGGAGGAGGAGGCGCAGGGGAAGGGGGCCGCGGAGGCGCCGAAGGCUGCGGAGGAGGAGGAGGAGGCGCAGGGGAAGGGGGCCGCGGAGGCGCCGAAGGCUGCGGAGGAGGAGGAGGAGGCGCAGGGGAAGGGGGCCGCGGAGGCGCCGAAGGCUGCGGAGGAGGAGGAGGAGGCGCAGGGGAAGGGGGCCGCGGAGGCGCCGAAGGCUGCGGAGGAGGAGGAGGAGGCGCAGGGGAAGGGGGCCGCGGAGGCGCCGAAGGCUGCGGAGGAGGAGGAGGAGGCGCAGGGGAAGGGGGCCGCGGAGGCGCCGAAGGCUGCGGAGGAGGAGGAGGAGGCGCAGGGGAAGGGGGCCGCGGAGGCGCCGAAGGCUGCGGAGGAGGAGGAGGAGGCGCAGGGGAAGGGGGCCGCGGAGGCGCCGAAGGCUGCGGAGGAGGAGGAGGAGGCGCAGGGGAAGGGGGCCGCGGAGGCGCCGAAGGCUGCGGAGGAGGAGGAGGAGGCGCAGGGGAAGGGGGCCGCGGAGGCGCCGAAGGCUGCGGAGGAGGAGGAGGAGGCGCAGGGGAAGGGGGCCGCGGAGGCGCCGAAGGCUGCGGAGGAGGAGGAGGAGGCGCAGGGGAAGGGGGCCGCGGAGGCGCCGAAGGCUGCGGAGGAGGAGGAGGAGGCGCAGGGGAAGGGGGCCGCGGAGGCGCCGAAGGCUGCGGAGGAGGAGGAGGAGGCGCAGGGGAAGGGGGCCGCGGAGGCGCCGAAGGCUGCGGAGGAGGAGGAGGAGGCGCAGGGGAAGGGGGCCGCGGAGGCGCCGAAGGCUGCGGAGGAGGAGGAGGAGGCGCAGGGGAAGGGGGCCGCGGAGGCGCCGAAGGCUGCGGAGGAGGAGGAGGAGGCGCAGGGGAAGGGGGCCGCGGAGGCGCCGAAGGCUGCGGAGGAGGAGGAGGAGGCGCAGGGGAAGGGGGCCGCGGAGGCGCCGAAGGCUGCGGAGGAGGAGGAGGAGGCGCAGGGGAAGGGGGCCGCGGAGGCGCCGAAGGCUGCGGAGGAGGAGGAGGAGGCGCAGGGGAAGGGGGCCGCGGAGGCGCCGAAGGCUGCGGAGGAGGAGGAGGAGGCGCAGGGGAAGGGGGCCGCGGAGGCGCCGAAGGCUGCGGAGGAGGAGGAGGAGGCGCAGGGGAAGGGGGCCGCGGAGGCGCCGAAGGCUGCGGAGGAGGAGGAGGAGGCGCAGGGGAAGGGGGCCGCGGAGGCGCCGAAGGCUGCGGAGGAGGAGGAGGAGGCGCAGGGGAAGGGGGCCGCGGAGGCGCCGAAGGCUGCGGAGGAGGAGGAGGAGGCGCAGGGGAAGGGGGCCGCGGAGGCGCCGAAGGCUGCGGAGGAGGAGGAGGAGGCGCAGGGGAAGGGGGCCGCGGAGGCGCCGAAGGCUGCGGAGGAGGAGGAGGAGGCGCAGGGGAAGGGGGCCGCGGAGGCGCCGAAGGCUGCGGAGGAGGAGGAGGAGGCGCAGGGGAAGGGGGCCGCGGAGGCGCCGAAGGCUGCGGAGGAGGAGGAGGAGGCGCAGGGGAAGGGGGCCGCGGAGGCGCCGAAGGCUGCGGAGGAGGAGGAGGAGGCGCAGGGGAAGGGGGCCGCGGAGGCGCCGAAGGCUGCGGAGGAGGAGGAGGAGGCGCAGGGGAAGGGGGCCGCGGAGGCGCCGAAGGCUGCGGAGGAGGAGGAGGAGGCGCAGGGGAAGGGGGCCGCGGAGGCGCCGAAGGCUGCGGAGGAGGAGGAGGAGGCGCAGGGGAAGGGGGCCGCGGAGGCGCCGAAGGCUGCGGAGGAGGAGGAGGAGGCGCAGGGGAAGGGGGCCGCGGAGGCGCCGAAGGCUGCGGAGGAGGAGGAGGAGGCGCAGGGGAAGGGGGCCGCGGAGGCGCCGAAGGCUGCGGAGGAGGAGGAGGAGGCGCAGGGGAAGGGGGCCGCGGAGGCGCCGAAGGCUGCGGAGGAGGAGGAGGAGGCGCAGGGGAAGGGGGCCGCGGAGGCGCCGAAGGCUGCGGAGGAGGAGGAGGAGGCGCAGGGGAAGGGGGCCGCGGAGGCGCCGAAGGCUGCGGAGGAGGAGGAGGAGGCGCAGGGGAAGGGGGCCGCGGAGGCGCCGAAGGCUGCGGAGGAGGAGGAGGAGGCGCAGGGGAAGGGGGCCGCGGAGGCGCCGAAGGCUGCGGAGGAGGAGGAGGAGGCGCAGGGGAAGGGGGCCGCGGAGGCGCCGAAGGCUGCGGAGGAGGAGGAGGAGGCGCAGGGAAGGGGGCCGCGGAGGCGCCGAAGGCUGCGGAGGAGGAGGAGGAGGCGCAGGGGAAGGGGGCCGCGGAGGCGCCGAAGGCUGCGGAGGAGGAGGAGGAGGCGCAGGGGAAGGGGGCCGCGGAGGCGCCGAAGGCUGCGGAGGAGGAGGAGGAGGCGCAGGGGAAGGGGGCCGCGGAGGCGCCGAAGGCUGCGGAGGAGGAGGAGGAGGCGCAGGGGAAGGGGGCCGCGGAGGCGCCGAAGGCUGCGGAGGAGGAGGAGGAGGCGCAGGGGAAGGGGGCCGCGGAGGCGCCGAAGGCUGCGGAGGAGGAGGAGGAGGCGCAGGGGAAGGGGCCGCGGAGGCGCCGAAGGCUGCGGAGGAGGAGGAGGAGGCGCAGGGGAAGGGGGCCGCGGAGGCGCCGAAUGGCUGCGGAGGAGGAGGAGGAGGCGCAGGGGAAGGGGGCCGCGGAGGCGCCGAAGGCUGCGGAGGAGGAGGAGGAGGCGCAGGGGAAGGGGGCCGCGGAGGCGCCGAAGGCUGCGGAGGAGGAGGAGGAGGCGCAGGGGAAGGGGGCCGCGGAGGCGCCGAAGCUGCGGAGGAGGAGGAGGAGGCGCAGGGGAAGGGGGCCGCGGAGGCGCCGAAGGCUGCGGAGGAGGAGGAGGAGGCGCAGGGGAAGGGGGCCGCGGAGGCGCCGAAGGCUGCGGAGGAGGAGGAGGAGGCGCAGGGGAAGGGGGCCGCGGAGGCGCCGAAGGCUGCGGAGGAGGAGGAGGAGGCGCAGGGGAAGGGGGCCGCGGAGGCGCCGAAGGCUGCGGAGGAGGAGGAGGAGGCGCAGGGGAAGGGGGCCGCGGAGGCGCCGAAGGCUGCGGAGGAGGAGGAGGAGGCGCAGGGGAAGGGGGCCGCGGAGGCGCCGAAGGCUGCGGAGGAGGAGGAGGAGGCGCAGGGGAAGGGGGCCGCGGAGGCGCCGAAGGCUGCGGAGGAGGAGGAGGAGGCGCAGGGGAAGGGGGCCGCGGAGGCGCCGAAGGCUGCGGAGGAGGAGGAGGAGGCGCAGGGGAAGGGGGCCGCGGAGGCGCCGAAGGCUGCGGAGGAGGAGGAGGAGGCGCAGGGGAAGGGGGCCGCGGAGGCGCCGAAGGCUGCGGAGGAGGAGGAGGAGGCGCAGGGGAAGGGGGGCCGCGGAGGCGCCGAAGGCUGCGGAGGAGGAGGAGGAGGCGCAGGGGAAGGGGGCCGCGGAGGCGCGAAGGCUGCGGAGGAGGAGGAGGAGGCGCAGGGGAAGGGGGCCGCGGAGGCGCCGGACGGCUGCGGAGGAGGAGGAGGAGGCGCAGGGGAAGGGGGCCGCGGAAGGCGCCGAAGGCUGCGGAGGAGGAGGAGGAGGCGCAGGGGAAGGGGGCGCGGAGGCGCCGAAGGCUGCGGGAGGAGGAGGAGGAGGCGCAGGGGAAGGGGGCCGCGGAGGCGCCGAAGGCUGCGGAGGAGGAGGAGGAGGCGCAGGGGAAGGGGCCGCGGAGGCGCCGAAGGCUGCGGAGGAGGAGGAGGAGGCGCAGGGGAAGGGGGCCGCGGAAGGCGCCGAAGGCUGCGAGGAGGAGGAGGAGGCGCAGGGGAAGGGGGCCGCGGAGGCGCCGAAGGCUGCGGAGGAGGAGGAGGAGGCGCAGGGGAAGGGGGGGCCGCGGAGGCGCCGAAGGCUGCGGAGGAGGAGGAGGAUGGCGCAGGGGGAAGGGGGGCCGCGGAGGCGCCGAAGGCUGCGGAGGAGGAGGAGGAGGCGCAGGGGAAGGGGGCCGCGGAGGCGCCGAAGGCUGCGGAGGAGGAGGAGGAGGCGCAGGGGAAGGGGGCCGCGGAGGCGCCGAAGGCUGCGGAGGAGGAGGAGGAGGCGCAGGGGAAGGGGGCCGCGGAGGCGCCGAAGGCUGCGGAGGAGGAGGAGGAGGCGCAGGGGAAGGGGGCCGCGGAGGCGCCGAAGGCUGCGGAGGAGGAGGAGGGAGGCGCAGGGGAAGGGGGCCGCGGAGGCGCCGAAGGCUGCGGAGGAGGAGGAGGAGGCGCAGGGGAAGGGGGCCGCGGAGGCGCCGAAGGCUGCGGAGGAGGAGGAGGAGGCGCAGGGGAAGGGGGCCGCGGAGGCGCCGAAGGCUGCGGAGGAGGAGGAGGAGGCGCAGGGGAAGGGGGCCGCGGAGGCGCCGAAGGCUGCGGAGGAGGAGGAGGAGGCGCAGGGGAAGGGGGCCGCGGAGGCGCCGAAGGCUGCGGAGGAGGAGGAGGAGGCGCAGGGGAAGGGGGCCGCGGAGGCGCCGAAGGCUGCGGAGGAGGAGGAGGAGGCGCAGGGGAAGGGGGCCGCGGAGGCGCCGAAGGCUGCGGAGGAGGAGGAGGAGGCGCAGGGGAAGGGGGCCGCGGAGGCGCCGAAGGCUGCGGAGGAGGAGGAGGAGGCGCAGGGGAAGGGGGCCGCGGAGGCGCCGAAGGCUGCGGAGGAGGAGGAGGAGGCGCAGGGGAAGGGGGCCGCGGAGGCGCCGAAGGCUGCGGAGGAGGAGGAGGAGGCGCAGGGGAAGGGGGCCGCGGAGGCGCCGAAGGCUGCGGAGGAGGAGGAGGAGGCGCAGGGGAAGGGGGCCGCGGAGGCGCCGAAGGCUGCGGAGGAGGAGGAGGAGGCGCAGGGGAAGGGGGCCGCGGAGGCGCCGAAGGCUGCGGAGGAGGAGGAGGAGGCGCAGGGGAAGGGGGCCGCGGAGGCGCCGAAGGCUGCGGAGGAGGAGGAGGAGGCGCAGGGGAAGGGGGCCGCGGAGGCGCCGAAGGCUGCGGAGGAGGAGGAGGAGGCGCAGGGGAAGGGGCCGCGGAGGCGCCGAAGGCUGCGGAGGAGGAGGAGGAGGCGCAGGGGAAGGGGGCCGCGGAGGCGCCGAAGGCUGCGGAGGAGGAGGAGGAGGCGCAGGGGAAGGGGGGCCGCGGAGGCGCCGAAGGCUGCGGAGGAGGAGGAGGAGGCGCAGGGGAAGGGGGCCGCGGAGGCGCCGAAGGCUGCGGAGGAGGAGGAGGAGGCGCAGGGGAAGGGGGCCGCGGAGGCGCCGAAGGCUGCGGAGGAGGAGGAGGAGGCGCAGGGGAAGGGGGGCCGCGGAGGCGCCGAAGGCUGCGGAGGAGGAGGAGGAGGCGCAGGGGAAGGGGGCCGCGGAGGCGCCGAAGGCUGCGGAGGAGGAGGAGGAGGCGCAGGGGAAGGGGGCCGCGGAGGCGCCGAAGGCUGCGGAGGAGGAGGAGGAGGCGCAGGGGAAGGGGGCCGCGGAGGCGCCGAAGGCUGCGGAGGAGGAGGAGGAGGCGCAGGGGAAGGGGGCCGCGGAGGCGCCGAAGGCUGCGGAGGAGGAGGAGGAGGCGCAGGGGAAGGGGGCCGCGGAGGCGCCGAAGGCUGCGGAGGAGGAGGAGGAGGCGCAGGGGAAGGGGGCCGCGGAGGCGCCGAAGGCUGCGGAGGAGGAGGAGGAGGCGCAGGGGAAGGGGGCCGCGGAGGCGCCGAAGGCUGCGGAGGAGGAGGAGGAGGCGCAGGGGAAGGGGGCCGCGGAGGCGCCGAAGGCUGCGGAGGAGGAGGAGGAGGCGCAGGGGAAGGGGGCCGCGGAGGCGCCGAAGGCUGCGGAGGAGGAGGAGGAGGCGCAGGGGAAGGGGGCCGCGGAGGCGCCGAAGGCUGCGGAGGAGGAGGAGGAGGCGCAGGGGAAGGGGGCCGCGGAGGCGCCGAAGGCUGCGGAGGAGGAGGAGGAGGCGCAGGGGAAGGGGGCCGCGGAGGCGCCGAAGGCUGCGGAGGAGGAGGAGGAGGCGCAGGGGAAGGGGGCCGCGGAGGCGCCGAAGGCUGCGGAGGAGGAGGAGGAGGCGCAGGGGAAGGGGGCCGCGGAGGCGCCGAAGGCUGCGGAGGAGGAGGAGGAGGCGCAGGGGAAGGGGGCCGCGGAGGCGCCGAAGGCUGCGGAGGAGGAGGAGGAGGCGCAGGGGAAGGGGGCCGCGGAGGCGCCGAAGGCUGCGGAGGAGGAGGAGGAGGCGCAGGGGAAGGGGGCCGCGGAGGCGCCGAAGGCUGCGGAGGAGGAGGAGGAGGCGCAGAAAGCCGGAAAUGACGCGAGGAUUUUGGAGGACCAAGGGGUGCAGAGGAGGGCUGACGUGGAGCCGAUUCAGUCGGCAGCAGAUGUUCGCAUAGGACGUGAAGAACACAUGACAGUUGCCGCUAAUAGACGGGAGGAUGGGAUAGAUCCGUGGGUGCGGAGGUUUUUUGGAAAUACAAUGGAGAGGUCAAGCAGAGGGUUGAAGAGGGCGCGGUGA